AGCAGCGUCCUUUAUUAUGUAUUUUCACAUCAAGCUAACCUUAAUUAAAUUAUAAGGAUCAUCCAAUAAUUUUCCCUAUCCCUGUUAUCCUAUUUGUAUGAUCAAGGAGUACUCGCGCAUUGAAAAGAGGUAUUGCAAGGGAGGAGAAAAUGGAGCUGUCCUGAUGCUUACCCAAACAAAUUUCAAUAUGCCAAUUAAUCAGUUUCUUUGUUUCGAUUGUAACGAGCAUGAUUGGAAGUAACUUAACAUAUUAUGAUGAGAUUUGGAUUUAUAUAAAUUGCCUAUUGUAAAAUGCGAACACAUUCUUGGAUGCUCACACUCUGUCUUCAUCUUCGUCUUGUUUUGAUUUGUAUGUCUGAGAAUUGAGGACUCGGAAUCUGUUAAUGAUGGAAAUAGAAUUUUAUGUUGAUGUAUGUGAAGGGUGCCGGAUAGUUGUUUUAUUUAUUUAUUUAUUUUUAAUUUUCAGUAGUUUAAAGACGUAACAAUCAAUGCAAUCAAUAUAUAUAAAUAUAUGUGCGCGCAAGACAGGCAGCUUGAUGGAUCAGCAGAUUAUUGCUAUGCCGUGUUAAGUUUUCAAGAUAUGGAACUCGGCUAAAUAGGCAGGACAAGAAAGAAGAAACAAAGCUGACCUAUUCGCAGUCCUCCCAUUAGAGUGUCAAGAAUAUACUGCUGUGAUAUUAAGCUAACCACAACACCAUAUAAAAAUGAAUCCGUAAUGCUCAUAUUUCAGUACCUCGUCAUCUAUGGAAGAAUCAACAAAGAGGUAUGCAGUUGUUACAGGAGCAAACAAGGGGCUUGGUUGGGGAAUAGUAAAACUGUUGGCGUCUAAGGGGGUGAUGGUGGUACUAACAGCUAGAGAUGAAACGAGAGGUCUUGAAGCUGUUGAGAAACUGAACGAAUGUGGUCUCUCCGAUCAUGUGGUCUUUCAUCUGCUUGAUGUAAUGGAUCCUGCAAGUAUUGCAUCUCUUGCAGAUUUCAUCAGAAUUCAAUAUGGAAAUCUUGAUAUUUUGGUACGACCGAGAGCCAAUUUACACAAAACCUGUGGUGCUAAAGUCAGUUUAGCGUUAAUCUUCUCAGUUUAAUGAAUUGCCAGAUGGAAAAGUAAAAGUUCGGUUAAGUUUAGAAAUUGUCUUCAUCUUGAUUUUCCUGCUUCCGUAUUUCUUCAACCUCACAUUCAAACGAGGAAGUGGUUUAGACAGCAAGGUGUCGCAGUAGAGGGUUCAGUAAAAAAUUUCAAAAUUGCUAUGCUGACAACUUCCAUUGUUAUUUUUCUUUGUAAAUAGAUGCUGAAUGGAAUAUUAAUAACUGAUGAUCCUUGAAACAUCAAUAAAUGACUAUACGGUUACUAA